CCGAUCUGCUUCAAAUGCAAGUCCGCUGAUCGGGAAUGCUACUACUCCUCACAAGCCAAUGGGUAGGCCGACAUCGCGUCGUGCUCGUCCCCAAUCGUCCCAAUCAAUCCGUCGGGAACGGAUACUACCCCGGCGGAAUGCCUCGACCAGAUUGCUAUCUCCCGUUCAUGCGGACGCUGCAUCAGACUCUGGAAACAGUAAUACACGAGAGAUUGACGUACUUCUCGGGUCAACCAGCCCGCGAAUCAGCUCCUCCAUCAAUUCGGAUACUUUUGCAAUCCACCCAGAUCUCAUAGACUUGGAGGACCAUCAAGGUCCCAGCCAAGAUCUCGUAUCCGAAGGUCUCGCAGCCUUCCCUCCCCUUACCUCAGACAGCCAGCAAACAACAGAUAAUUGCGCCUGCCUUUCAGUGCUGUACCUUCUGCUCGAGCACCUUCGAGUGAAAGAACAUCUUGUCGCACCAGAUGACUUUGCGCUACUACAUAAUACGUUUGAGCCCGCCCUACAGGUUCUGAACUGCCAAAGGUGCCCGCGCCGAUACUUCUCAAUCAUUCAGAACGCCGCCUUGCUCGGGGUCCUCUGUCUAUGUCUAACGGAGUCGUACAAAAAAAUUCUGGCGGCGAUUGUAGCAGAAGAGACUAGAGCCACGGAAUCCGGAGAGAAGAAGCGCCUCGGGGUCCACGGUGCGUUACCAGGUUCGUCGAGCUACGGCGAUCCAUCGCCCCGAAGCACGCCAAGUAUGUUUUCGGUAGAGGUAUCGCCGUUGGAGUGGGGGAAGAUCAUGCGAAAUAUCGUGAAGACAGAGAUCUUUGGAGCCGACGGCCAGGACGAUAAUAAGUGUCUGACGGGGUUCUUUGACCUCAUGGAGCAGCGCCAAAGGCGAUGGCAUCAUACGCCCCCGGCACCAGAUUGCCCACCUUGUCAUCAAUCGUUCUGUGGGACUUCUGAUCGAGAGCCUAGCUGUCUAGCCCUUCUGAACAACGCCAGACGAUUGAUAGGCCAUUUGGAACUAUAGGUAUUGAGUAAUUGAGGGCACGCUCAGCUUCCGUGCUAGUGGUAGUCCACACUCAUCAAAAGGGUCAACACGUAAUAUGUUGUAAAAUCUAUAGACCGCUCAAUAAUCGAAUAAUACACAGCCAAGAAAAGUAAAAGUUACCAGUAACUACACCAUGGAUACUAUUCACAAAGAAAUAAAGUGGUUCAGAUCUACUGACCGCUGUCAAUGACCUCGGGGAUGUUUCUCUGGGUCCAGGCAGACCAGUCCUUGCAGACGUCGCCGACCUUGGAGGGAAUGCGGAGCUGCUUG